AUGGUCAAGCACUUCUCACUCAAGCAACGGAAGAAAGAUGCCACAGUGGUCACCAAGGAGUCAGUUGUGUAUCUUCGCAUCCAGAAAGAUGUAUAUGAAUUGAAUUUACCUAACACCUAUGAGAUAGUUUUCCCACAUCCUGACAACCUCCUCAGCUUCAAACUUAUUAUCUGCUCAGGUGAGGACUUCUUUCAAGGAGGCAAAUUUGUGUUUAGUUUUGUUGAACAAGGAUAUCCUCAUGAAUCACCAAAAGUGAAAUGUGAAGCCAUGGUGUGUCAUCCGAAUAUCGAACUAGAAGGCAAUGUCUGUUUAAACAUCCUCAGAGAGGACUGGAAACCUGUAUUGACGAUAAACUCUGUAAUUUAUGGGCUGCAGUACCUGUUUUUGGAACCUAACCCUGAGGACCCCCCGAACAAAGAAGCAGCAGGACAACAGAGCGUACAGCAAUCCAUGUGGGGCAGUUACAUUAGUUCCAGUUAG